CAUGCAGAUUUUUUACUAUUAUUUUUACUACACCUAUUAGGUAAAUAUCCUUUUUCUUUCUCUCUUUCUCACGUUGACAAAACAUUGCAGAAAAAAAAAAAAUUUUUUUCUCUGUAGGCUUAUGUUUGGAAAUAUGGUUACAAUGUCGUCUAUCGUGUCAAAAUCGAUUGAGAGCAUCAGAUCAUGAACGUCAAAUAUGUUUAUAUGUUUUAUAUACAUUUUUCUUAUCUACUAUGACAUCGUUACCAUUUUAUAUGCUUCGAGCUUUUGAAAUUAUUGUCGAUUAUAGUUUAUCUCAUGCUGUAAAUUCAGUUACAUUUUCUGGUUAUCUGUUUGCCCAGUUAUUAAUUGGUGGUGCCAGCUUUAAACCUAUUCUAUGUCUUAUUCUAUUUUGUCCACUUUCUCGUUCAUUAUUCACACAAAAUUUAUGUACAUGUUCGAUUUCUUGUUGUCCACCAAAUAUCUUCAUUGAAAAACAAAAUCAUAUUUUUGAAGGUAGUCAACAAGUUAAGCCUGAACUGUCUGUUAUUCCAUGUAAUGCAAAAACUUCACUAAUUAUUAUGAAUGAGAAUAGCAGACGUAUUAGUUUACCACAAUCUUCAAGUCAAUGUUGUUCCUCAUUGUCAGAACAUCUUCAGUCAUCAAUAACAACAAUAAAACAACAAACUAUUUCAAUUGAGUUUGUUUCAAAACAACAGCCGAUCACAUCGAUCUGA